GAAGUAUGGAGGAGGCGGGGAGCGGGGGCCCGAGGGGGUUCGAAGGUGCAUUCCAAAGCGGAACGCCUCGGAGUAAAGGUGGAGGGUCCCGCGCGUUCGCCCCUCGGCCGACAUACACCGUAUUCCACAGUUCGACGUGAGCGGCUGAAAUACGUUGCGAACGUUUUGAAACAAGUAGAGCGAACGAUGAGAGACGUCGGGGCGGCGGAUCGUUAGACGUGCGUAACUUGUGCGAAAAGUAGUUGGCUUCACCGCCGUACGCGAAUGUGAUAAAACGAUAAAAUAAUCGGUCCGCCCCUGGACGGAGAUCGCGAGCCGUGAUCGGUAUAAUCAAUGAAAGAGUACGUCUCGUUGCGUCCGGCAGCUGUACGAUCGAGAGAGAGGCGAGCCGCCAGUUUCUGAUACCGAGGAUCGAAAGCGAACGUUGUAUCCUACGGAGAAGUGAGCGAUCCAAACACAAUGGGGAAUUCGCCGAUCUUCCCGAGAUCGAUGGAAAAACUUCGAAGGAUUUCGUUCUGCUGGGAAUAUCGGAGCGCGUGAAGUGCGAAGGGAAUGGCAGUGCGCGAUCACUUAUUUCUUACGAAGGGAUAAACCAGCGUACGAAAAACGAUCGAAGGAUCGAAGGAGAGGAGCGGAGUUCGGCUCCGGUUUCCUACCGGCCGUACUGGUCGGCGAGAUUAAAAUUUAGCGAUAUGUGAUACGGAAGAGAUUGGCGUCGUCUCGUCGUAGGAUAUUUGCCGCGACGAUCGACGUGCGGGGGGCUACCGUAAAACGAUAAUAAAAUUCCUUGAAUUAGAAGCUCGUCGAUUGGAUUACGACGACGAAUCGACCGCAACGAUUGGCCGAGCGUUCCUCGCCACCUGCGAAUUGUAAGUGAAAUAAAGGUGGGUUUAGAAGGAAAAAAAUUAGCUACGGGCCACGGCGUUCUCACAUACCUGUGUAUAAUGAACCCCGCAUUGUAGCGGGAUGAAUAAAUGAAUAUCCGCGGCUAAUUAAGCCGCACCGACUCCCGUGCGGACAGAUGUGUUUCGAAAAUAGAGGAACGGUCGCCGCGCGGUAACGAGGCGACGCGACCGCGUUUCGAGUAAAUUUUGAAAAAUCGUUUAAUCUCCUCGUCCCCCGCUGCGACUUUAGACCCAUUCUCCGUAUAGUUUACCGCAGUUUGCACAGCUGACCUUUUCGAGUCGGCCCUUCCCCUCCCCCUCCCCUCCCCCUCCUCCGAUCUACCUGCGUUCGCGCUACGAGCUACCCUCGAAUUCGGAAUGUGGGUGAAAAAGAAUUUCACCGUUCGGUUCGAUCGGUCAUCGGGAGUAAAUGCUCCGUUGACUCUUUGAAAUACGGGGAUACCUGCGGCGAGGAAAUAACGAAAUAGAAAAUAACAGUCGACGGUCGAUUUGUCGGACGUGCGUGACGCCGAGUCCGGUUACUUUAACCCCGAAGGUUCACCUGACCGUGAAUGAAUCGCGAAUACCUCCGGUAGAGUAAUUCGUCAAUUUUUUUCUCAUCCUCCGCAGGCUACGGCCGAACGACAUCGUAGGAAAAAAUGUCGUCGCAGCAACGAUCAUCCCCCGAGUCGGAGCUCGCCCCCGAGGGUUCCCCUCACCCCUGCCAAUGCUCGGCGAUGUCGUCGGUGGACUCGGUCAGGGCCCAACGCGACAAAAUCGAACGGGGUCUGAUGAACACCCGUCAGGAUCAUCCGCCACGCGUCUUCGACGGUAUUCCAACGGCCUUCGUACCGAUAAGGAGAAACGAGAUGGCGUCUAUGGUGUCCGGCGACAACCAACAGCUGCAGAUCAACCAAAUCGAGCAGAGCCCGAUGGGCUCGCAACUGCAAAAUUCCAGCCCGAGAUCACCCGGCUCCGUGUCGACUCGCCGUCUCGCCAACGCUCCCUGCAGUCCCCGAAAUUUGGACCUCUCGCGAAAUCUGGCCUUCGAGGCGGCGAGGAAGGUCCACGAGUCGUCCUCCUCAUCGCCCAACGACAAUCAAGCGAGCCCUUCGCCCUCCAGUCCGAGUCCCAUGGAGCCGAAGGAGCUCGAGAAAUCGGAGCAGCAAACGAUCGGCCAGAAACCACCGACCGCCGGAUUCCUGAUCAAGGACAAGGUGAAGAACAUCCAGCAGAUACUGAGCCCUUAUCAGCACAAUCACGAGCAGAAUAAUCCGACGGAGAGGAAUCUCCACGGUCAAUUUCACGUGAACGACUCCCACCUCCACAAACACGCCGACAAUUACCGUGGCACGGUGAACCUCGACGGCAACGAGGCAGCUCUCAUCGCGUUCCAACGUCAGCAGCACCACUCCCAUCAUCACCACGUCAGCCCGAAGAUAUCGAACGUGAAUCAUCACCACCCCCAUCCUCAGUCGAUCAUCGGGCAUCACCACGUCAACGCCGCGGCGGUCUUCAACGAUCCCCUGGCACAUCACCACGGGAAUUCCGGACCUCUGAGCGCCGCUACCUCCUCCAAUUCCAGCUUGAUAAAUCACCCGCAUGGAAAUUCACCCAGUGUCGUUCAGCAGCAACAGCAGCAACAGCAACAGCAACAGCAACAGCAACAGCAGCAGCAGCAACAGCCGCAACAACAGCUGUCCCCUCCGUCGAUGAUAAGCCACCACCACGCCAGUUCCGGCUUAUCCUCGGAAUCCUCGUCUUCGAACGCGAACGCGAGGACGCACAGCAGGCUCGACCACGUUCACGAUCUCCAUCACGGUCAUCAUCAGCAGCAACAGCAAGCGCAGAACCUCCACCCCCAUCCCGGUCCCAUGCCGGAAGCGAGGCAGAGGACGCCCUCGAGUUUGGAACAUCAUCCCCAUCAUCACGGUCACAUCCACAAUCAUUCCCACACCCACGGGAAUCAGUCGUCGAGCGAAAGUAAGAGCGUUCCGUUGAUCGGCGUGGGCACUAUGCAGCAGGUCAAUUCGCCGGCGAAAAGCAAGUGCCAGUGUCACGUGGUUCAGCACGAGGACGAGGGCAACAAAAGAGGCUCCGAGGACGAGUGCGACGAUAACGAGAUUACAUCUAGGACGCAUCAGCCCCCCGCACUGCCCCCGAGACCACCGCCAAGGCCGACCAGACACUACGCGACGUCUUCCUCCAGCCACCGUCACUCGAGCGAGGGUGGAUGUUGCAAGAAGUACGUGGUCCUCUGUUGUCUGUGCGGCGGUCUCAGCGCGGCCGUGGGAAGUCUAUUUCUGGCGGUGCACGCGAUUUUAUCGUCGAACACCGCGAGUCUGGCACUAUUCGAAACCGUCCCAUCGUACAUACCGGGCACAAUGUUGAUUCUGAUGGGUCUCUUCACCAUGCUGCUGGCGAGACGCAAACUCCGUUACGGUCUUCUCAUGAAAGUUUGCGGAUCAGUCGGCGUGGUUUGCGCGUUGGUCUGCGUCUUGGUUACCGUGACGACGACCGUGGUCCACAUGUCGCGACUUCAGGGAUUGCGCGAAUGCGUCUACACGGCGAGAGCCAGAUCUUGCACCUGUUACGGUACACCCCUGUCGCGGGGAGAUCCGGGUGUGUUGUUCGAGGGUACUCCGCACUGCGAGGCAGUCCACGGAGCUCUGUACGCCUGCCUCCGCGCCUUGUUCGGCGUAUCGGUGGCGGGUAUCCUCGCCUGCAUAUUCUCCUGCAUGUUGGUCUACCAGCUCCUCAGUCACGAGAAGAAGAAGAUGUACUGGGAGCAGUUGGAGUUGAGAUGCAGGUCGCUCUACGGGCAGGGGGGAUCCGUCGGUCAGACGACCGGCUCCUGCGGAUGCUGCAACGAUUGCGGGGGCGCGAGUCCCUGGUGGGCGCAGACUCCGGGGAAUCUUUACACACCGAAUCCGGACCUGGCGCCCGCUAGACGCUGGCGCCUGCCCUGGUCCAGAUCUCGAGGCCCGGCGCCCAGUCCGGAUUCUAACUACGGUUUUCACGCGCCCUCUCGUCAGGUGGAGUCCAACGUCGAGCCGGCCGGUCCCUACAGCGUACUGAAUUCCCAGAACGCCGGUCCCUAUUCGGUUUUGAACGCCCAAAACGGACCCUACACACCCAGCACCGCUUCCUACAGCGUUCUGGAAACUCCCGUACCCCUGUGGGGACCACCGCCGCCCUACAGCGAUCCGAACAGCCCCGCGAGAAGACCCCAGGUGCCGGAACCGCGGCCGAGAUUGGCCAAGAGGCUGGAUAACUACGAGGGGGCGAACGAUGAUCACAGACCUCGAGCGACGAAACGUUCCUCCGGCAACUACGAGAACGCCGAGGAGAUAUCGAACAGCACGGAUCCCGAAGGAGGCAACGAAGGGACGAUGAAGGGGAGGCGCGCCAGGAAGCCUCUGAAGGGCGUUGAGAACGGUGCGUUCCAACAGGAACCGACAGCUUUACCAAAACAAUCCGAGAGCGAGCUUUACUUCGGCGACGUGUCUUCCUGCUGCGGUCCGGAGAGCAGUUUUUACGAUCUGGCCGUCGACAAAGACGGUGCGGAGAGCGCGGAGGGCAUCGAUUAUCUGGCCGCGCGUUUGGGCAAACGUCAGUUGUCGAAGAGAUCUCGACUUCCGCUUCCUCUUCCGGCAGACGGUGCGGACACCGCGUCGGACAGUUACGCUAACAGCGACGAGCCACGGAACGUACGAGGUCCGUUUUUGGCGCCCGAUGCCCAAUACGAAGUCAUCCAACAGGGUAGGUACGCCUACUACACCCCCCGCGUGGAAGAGACCAAUCAGGAGAGUCCCACGGCGUCGGGUUACUUUCGCGACGAACAAUUUUCGCACGGCGAAGAACCCGAAAGAGAAAGAGUCAGGGUUGCUGUCGGGGACAGGGAAUACAGGGAGGAGGAAACGCCCCAAUGUUGUCUCAGCGAUUCCACGACUCUGGACUCGGGUUGGCAGAGUGCCGAUCAACCGCAGUCCGACGACAGCGUGAGACCUGUCAACGUUUGAAGAAUUACCUCGGUAAUUCUGUCUCGGAGAAAUCUAUCGCGCCCAGUCUUGCCUCUUUAUUUUAAGAUUAUUAGAUUAUUCUUAUUAUUACUAGUAUUAUUGUUACUGACAUUGUUAUUAUUUCAUGGCAACUGUCUUUGGGAGGAGAUGAAACGUGAAAUUAAAAAACGAGAGUAAUGUACAAAUAUUUUCGCUUUACAUCCUGAGGGAAUUACUUAUGUUGUAGGUAUAUUUAUAGGGUUCGUUUUUAAUUAUAGGGUCAAUUUUUCAUGAAAUCUUUGACUAAAGAUAUUGUUACUAUUCUUAUUUAAGUAUGACACCGCAACUUUGACAGUUACGCGAUCCUCGCCGCAUCCCCGGUGUGGUAAUAUUUAUACGUAGAGAUUACUUCGUAAUUUCAUUUUAAGGAAUUAUUAAUUUUUCAUUCACGGAGACGAAGAGAGCAGAGAAGCGGGAUAUUAUUGAGAUGGGAGAGGGGGAAGGAGAAGUGCACUAAAGGACCAAGGACAAUACCUAAUUGUAUAAUGCGAUAUUCUAUAUAACGUAGAUCGAUCAGACUAGAUUAGAUAAGAAAUCAAUGAAUAUAUUAUCUAAUUUUAUCACGACGAUGAGUUGAUUAUAUAUAAUAAUUGUUACUGUGUACUAUAUCGGAAUAAGUGAUGACGAAGAUCAGCCGGUAAGAGCUGUUCGGGAUAUUAUUGAAAGAGAUACGUGUGUGUGAUUAAGUGAUAGAAGAAAUAAAAUACAAAAAAUAUUUUAUGAAUAUACUUACGUAAAAACUGCUGCGAGCGAAAUAAUUCAAGUUGAGAAGAAAAAAAAAAAAAAGAGAAACAAAAACUGACAAAUAAAUUCACGAUCUAACGAUCAAAGGUCGUAUACGUGUACGCGCAUGAUGUAUCUACUGUAAUGAAUAAUGAAUGAUUGACAAAUAAUGAAAAAGUCUGUAUAGGCUAUAUAUAGCAUAUUAAUACCCAAUGUAUGGGAGAACCCGACAAUUAGAUAAUCGAAAUUAUAUACAAAGAAAAAAAAAUAGCGUUCUCAAGUAUAGCGUAACCUGAAGUACCGAUGAUAACGAUGAUAAUAAAAUAAAAAGCCUUGUUAUGUGAAAA